AUGACCAUGCAUGGGCGCAGCGGCGUAAUCGCUCUCCUCCUCGUCCUCCUCCUCGAUGCUUCUGCUGCCAAGUUGCUCAGAAUCAAUCGUGCGCUACCAGCCGCGUCGAAUACACAGCCUGCAACAGCAGCUUCGUUGGUCGAUCAUGUGAUCCACACCAUGAGAGCAAAGGUUCAUACCAUUACAAACACAGUCCGUACGAAGGCUCUGCACGACAGCAAGCAGCACACCACCCAACUUCGGAGUACACAAGCAUCGGCUGAGAUGCACGCGUCGGUUGAGAUCGACGUGAACUUCUCUUGCGUCACCAAAGAAGAUGGUGACAGGAUCCAUAACAUGGCCGAGCCCUGCCUGUCAAUCUUGAACAACACCGCAAAUCUUGUGAACCAAUCGGUGAUGGAUCAUCUUUGCAACCCGAGCACUGGUUGUCUUCCUCGUCUCUUGAACACAUCUCUUGCUCCAUACCUUCCGAAUUGCACAUCAGAUCAAGUAACUGUGGUAGAGAAAAAGUUGAACUCUACCAUCGGAUCGAUUGUUCCACUGUUUUGCCUGAAGUUGGGGGGUGAAUACUGCGUGAGCGAAGUGAUAUCUUUGACAGAAGCACCGCUCAACAUUGAGGGCCUCUGCUCGUCACAGUGCGUGAGAUAUUACAUGGACGCGUUUGUUGGACCCACUGUGGAUGGAAUGUCCACCGCGUUCCUAUGCAUGCAAGACAGUCAUGGUCACUACUGCCUUGCUCGCCUGUUGGACUUUCUCAAUUCCGAAGAUGCGCUAUCAAGUCAAUUUUUGUGUUCUGAAUGUGGAGCCAAGAUCAUUGUCAAGGAUGCAACGUGUUCUUGCGGCCAUGUGCGUGAAAGCCAUUUCUAUCAGGAGAUGAUAGUCAAGACUCUUGCAAGCCUGGUCAGGACCGAAAGGAGCAUGGAGAUCAUGGCUCUCAAGGCUCGAACAAAUGUCGUGCAAGCCCUGCCUGCCUGCAUGUUGCAGGCCAAGAUACAUGCGGCACAAGAUAUCGGAUGCUGCGUCGGGUCGUUGCUGGAAGUCGAUCAACCAACCAGCGCAUGGGUACACGCCAUGGCAAAGUCUUGCUCCUUGACUCUCCCAGCUCCAUGCGGAGGAGGAAAGAAAAUCACCUUCAUGAUCACGAUAGGAAACCUCAAGAUCACUUGGUACAUCGCAGCAGAAAACAGCGUGACAGCAGAUGAAUACCUCAUUGGAGACUUGGGCAACCUCUUCGCGCUCAUGCCUUAUCUGUUGAACAAAACCUUCUCUAAGGGCCUUCCUGGCGGAGGAACUGAGAUUGAGAUCCAGGCAGAUGCCGUGAAUGAGGACGAGGAAAUCCGAUUGCUCGCGUUUCUCAACACCAUUGAAACUCGGAGGAACGGAGGCAUGACACUGACUCAGAUGUCUGCAAACCUCCCCGCAGAUGCCAGAGUGGACGCCAACCAGGACCUGUCCUUCUCCGUGCAAGCUGGUUCCAUCAUUCAGUCGAACCUCUGGUCUUCCGACCCCUCCUCUGCCGCCACGAGCCCUCCCAUGGCGGCCUCGACCUCUCUGCUGCUUGCUGUGAUAUCCAUGUCAGUGUCUGCCAUGGCCCUGAGACUCUAA